AUCCAUUCUUGCCCCCUUCUCCGCUAAUUAUAGACAAAGCUUUUACUUCACGCACUCCCUCUGUCUCUCUCUCUCUCUCUCUCUCUCUCUGUGUCGCAAAGACGCAUACACACAUACACACUCCUUUUGCUAAAACACCCAAAACUUACCGUCUGCAUAAAGUGAAACCAAAUCCAAAGGAAAAACUCAAACCAAUCGGUACAUGUGAGCUCAGUCCGACUCCCACUAAUCAAAAUCUCCAUCUCCCUCUAAACGCGCACACCCAUCUCUCUUUCUCUCUGGCAAAAACGCAAACAUCGAACACCCAAUUCCUGGAAAAGCCUGGACCGUCAUGUACUUGUCGGAGAAGCCCCGUCCCAUCGAAUUCUACAAAGAGGAAUCGCGAGACAUGAUGUUGGAUGUCGUCUCCAAUGCCGAGCUGCCACCGCACCACCAACACCACCCUCAAGCUCACCCCUCCCAUCCCCAGCAGAUGAUCCUAGGCGAUAGCAGCGGCGGUGAUGAGGACCACGAGGUCGAGGUCAAGGCCCCCAAGAAGCGAGCCGAGACCUGGGUCCAGGACGAGACGCGGAGCUUAAUCGCUCUGCGCCGAGAGAUGGACGGGUUGUUCAACACCUCCAAAUCUAACAAGCACUUGUGGGAGCAGAUUUCGUCGAAAAUGAGGGAGAAGGGGUUCGAUCGGUCGCCGACGAUGUGCACCGACAAGUGGAGGAACUUGCUCAAGGAGUUCAAGAAGGCUAAGCACCAGGAUAGGGGGAGUGGGUCGGCUAAGAUGUCGUAUUACAAGGAGAUUGAGGAGAUUCUAAGGGAGAGGAAUAAGAAUGCGCAGUACAAGAGCCCCACGCCGCCUAAGGUUGAUGCCUAUAUGCAAUUCUCGGACAAAGGUAUUGAGGAUGCCAGCAUUUCUUUUGGACCUGUGGAAGCUACUGGCAGGCCAACACUCAAUCUUGAGAGACAUUUGGAUCAUGAUGGACAUCCUCUUGCCAUUACCACAGCUGAUGCAGUUGCAGCAAGUGGAGUUCCUCCUUGGAAUUGGAGAGAGACCCCUGGAAAUGGUGGGGAGAGUCAGUCAUAUUGUGGGAGGGUCAUAUCAGUCAAGUGGGGGGAUCACACUAGAAGGAUUGGUAUUGAUGGCACUACAGAUGCCAUCAAGGAGGCAAUUAAAUGUGCUUUUAGGUUAAGAACUAAACGUGCAUUUUGGUUGGAGGAUGAGGACCAGAUAGUCCGUAGUCUUGAUCGGGAUAUGCCUCUGGGGAAUUACACGCUUCAUCUAGAUGAAGGAUUGGGAAUAAAAGUGUGUCUUUAUGACGAGUCCGAUCACAUACCAGUGCAUACUGAAGACAAGGUUUUUUACACUGAAGAUGAUUACCGUAAUUUUCUGUCUCACCGGGGCUGGUCACGCCUGAGGGAGUUUGAUGGGUACAGAAACAUUGAUAAUAUGGAUGAUCUUCGACCUGGUGCAAUAUACCAUGGUGUGAGUUGAAAAGGCAGCAGGUACAUCUUCAUCAACAUGGAAAGACUUCGUUUUAUUCUGUUUCCAUCUUGAUAUAAGUGCCAAACUGGUUCUGAACGAUCCUCGCUCAAUUGUGCAUAUUGCUGUUCUCCAGUUUAUUUGCUUAAAAUGCUUACUUACCAGUGGAGAGGAACUUUGUCAUUCGGUUUCUUGAUGCAAUUGCCACAACUGAUUAGGAACCCCAUGUUGCUCAGUUGUGCCCAAAUUCAUAUCUCUUCACAUAGUAGCCUGGACCUUUCAUGUCUGUAAAUAUGUGUAUUCCCAGUGACAACAAAGCAAUUCCAAGUUCUUUUUAACAGUA